CAGCGGCGAGGCUUGGGACCGUGCCGGGGAGCCCGCAGGUCUGCGCCCCGCUGCCCGGCUCUGCUGGCCCCGCUGGGCUGCGCCCCCCGCGGGCCGGGUGACCCCACGCCUGGAUACUGGGGGCUCCGUCUUCUCGAGGCGCCCAUUCCCCGCCCCCCGGCCAGGACCCAUGGCCUGGGGGCUGCUCCUGGCGCUCUGCGGGGCGCUCCUGGCUCCAGCCGCGGCGGGCGGAGCUGCAUUUAAUGGGCGCCACAGCCUGGCCGUGCUAGUCACAGCCGUCACCCACGAAGAUGGGACUCAUCACUUCACCAUGAUCACCAAACUGGAUGACAUUCAGAUUGCGUACUACAGAAGCGACACGCGAGAGGUCAGACCCACUCAGGAGUGGGCAGCACAGGCCGUGGGCGCUGAGUAUCUCCAGGAAAAGACCCGGGAGUUCUGGGGGCACGAGGAGCGCUGUAAAGUCCAUAACAGGAGGUGGAUGCAGCUGUACAACCAGACGGGCGGGAUUCACACUGAGCAGCUCCAUGUGACCUGUGCCCUGAGCGGCCAGACCCCCGUGGACCCGAGGUUCCAGUACGCCUACGACGGGGGGGACUUCAUCAGCUUUGAUGCCCAGACGGAGACGUGGGUCGCGGCCGUGCAGCCGGCCUUCCUCCAGAAGCAGCGCUGGGAGACGGGCAAGACUUGGACUCUGUACGUCCAGCACUACCUGCGGUCCGAGUGCCUGGGGACCCUGCGGAGCCUGGUGCAGCGGGGAAGGGCGGUGCUGGAGCAGCAGGUGUCCCCCGAUGUCUCGGUUUCCCACAAAGACUCUCCCGACGGCUCCAUCACCCUCUCCUGCCAUGCCAGGGGCUUUUACCCACGUCCCGUCCACAUCUCCUGGGUGCGGGACGGAGAAGACAUCCUGGCGGAGAAGGACUCCAGCGGGAUCCUGCCCAAUGCCGACGGCACCUAUUACAUGCAGUCGUCCCUGGAGAUCUCCCCGGAGCAGGAGGACGGGCACCGCUACGCCUGCCGGGUGGAGCACAGCAGCCUGCCGGAGCCCACGCUCAUCUGGGCCCCUGGGAAGAAGGGCCCCCUGACCCCCGGGGUCCUGGCCGCCAUCGUCCUGGCCUUGCUGGUUCUGGCUGGAGCCGUAGGGGCCGGCGUCAUUCUGUGGAGGAGAAGAUCAGCAGGCCCCAUGGAUCUCGGCUACGCUCUGGCAGCCACAUAGAUCAGAGAAGAUUCUGCCUCCAGCUCUUCAUUGGGGCAGACCCCCAGAGUGUGGGACCCCGGCGUCGGGGUGACCCUGUGUUAGGGGGCUUAUUCCUUCACC